CGCCCCCCCGGCGGGUGGAGGAGGAGGGCGGGGCGCUCGUGGUCACGUGACGCCGCCAUCCGGGUCCUUUGCCUUCUCUGCCUCUGCCCAACAUGGCGGCCUCAGCGAAGAAGAAGAACAAGAAGGGCAAGACCCUCACCCUGACGGACUUUCUGGCAGAGGACGGCGGCGGCGGCGGCGGCCCGACCUACAUCCCCAAACCCGUCAGCUGGGCCGACGAGACAGACGACCUGGAAGGAGACGUUUCUACCACUUGGCACAGUAACGAUGACGACGUGUACCGGGCCCCUCCGAUCGACCGCUCCAUCCUGCCCACCGCCCCGCGGGCUGCUCGGGAACCCAACAUCGACAGAAGCCGCCUCCCGAAAUCCCCCCCUUACACGGCGUUUUUGGGAAACCUGCCCUACGACGUGACGGAAGAAUCCAUCAAGGACUUCUUCAGAGGACUCAACAUAAGUGCUGUGCGUUUGCCGCGGGAGCCUACCAACCCGGAGAGGUUGAAAGGUUUUGGUUAUGCCGAGUUUGAAGACAUAGACUCCUUGUUCCAGGCUCUGAGCCUCAAUGAAGAGUCCCUGGGGAACAGAAGAAUACGAGUGGAUGUUGCUGAUCAAGCUCAGGAUAAAGAUCGGGACGAUCGCUGCUUCGGCAGAGACCGGGAUCGCUUCCGCGACUCGGAGAGGUUCGAGAGCGACUGGAGGGCCCGUCCUGCCGCCGCCGAUAGCUUCGAUGAUUACCCGCCCCGCCGGGGCGACGACAGCUUCGGAGACAGGUACCGGGAUCGCUACGACGAUCGGUAUCGCGACGGGCCGCGGAGGGACAUGGACCGCGGCUUUGGGGGCAGGGACCGCUACGACGACCGCAGCAGAGACUACGACCGAGGCUACGAUUCCAGGAUAGGCAGCGGCAGGAGGGCCUUCGGCAGCGGCUACCGCCGGGACGACGACUACCGAGGGUGCGGUGACCGCUACGAAGACCGCUAUGACCGGCGGGAUGACCGGAUGGACAGGUGGAACUCCCGGGAUGAUUACGGCCGGGAUGAUUUCCGCCGCGAGGACAGAGGUCCCACCCAGAGGCCGAAGCUCAACCUGAAGCCCCGGAGCGCGCCCAAGGAGGAGGAGGCGUCGGUGGCCCCCGCGCCCCAGUCCAGCCGCGCCGCCUCCAUCUUCGGGGGGGCCAAACCGGUGGAUACGGCCGCGCGGGAGCGGGAGGUGGAAGAGCGGCUACAGAAGGAGCAGGAGAAGCUGCAACGCCAGCUGGAGGACGAUAAGAGGAUAGAAAGACGACCCCGAGAGAGGCAUCCCAGCUGGCGCAGCGAAGAGAACCAGGAGCGAUCGCGGACGGGGAGCGAGUCCUCGCAAACCGGCAACUCGGGGCCCCCCGGCACCUCUGUGGGAACCGGCCCGACGGGCAGGACCACGCGGAGGAGGGAGAGCGAGAAGUCUCUGGAGAACGAGCCGUUGGCCAAAGAGGACGAUGCUCCUUCUCCCACCUCCAAGCCCAAGGAGGAGAAGCAGCCCCUGAAGGUGAUGCCUGCGCCGCCCCCCAAGGAGAACGCCUGGGUGAAGCGGAGCAGCAACCCUCCCGCCCGCUCCCAGAGCUCCGAUUCGGAGCAGCACUCGCCGACGAGCGGCGGCCAGACGGCGCCAAGCCCGCCCUCGGACGACGGGGCGCCCCCGAAGAACGCCCACCGGAGAGGAGACGAGAACAAACCCGACGGAGGCCGGGAGAGCGCUUCCAAGGUCCGGAGCGGGAGCUCCAGCCGCGGCCCGGGGGACUCCGAUAGGAAAGAGAGCAGAAAGGAGCACGACUCGCGACCUGCGCCUGAGCCAAAGAAACUCGACGAGAACCCGCCCUCCUUCAGCCACGCCAGCAAAUACGCCGCGCUCUCCGUGGACGGCGAAGAUGAUGAUGGCGACGACGAAGAAUGCGCCGAAUAGAAGCUCCGGGGACCUCGGCGCCCCCUUUCCCCCCCCACCGGCCGCCGCCUCGGGAGCAGCUGGAGAAUUGAGAGAGAAAAAAAAAAAAAGGAAAAAAAAAAAAAGAUAAAAACCAAAACCUCUACCGCGCCGAGAGAGAAAUAAAACCUAAAACUCGCCAGCCCGCGGGAGGCCGUUCUUAAACUCGCUGAAAUGGUUAAAAAAGGGAAAAAAUAGGUAAAAACCGGAGGCCCCGCCUCUCCUGCAUGCUGCUGCGGCCGCCGAAGAGCUCGCCUCGCCCCGGGAGAAGCGCGAGGGCGUCGUUUAUCCCCCCCCUCGCCCGGUGGAGAAGAGUUAGACGCGGUGUGGGGGGGCGGCUGAGGAAGACCUGGCCUUCCUCCCUCCUCUCCUCGCCGGCCUAGGACGGCGGAGCGGGGCGCCGGCCGCCACCCGAGAAAAUUAAGCGGGUAAUAAAAGCGAUCGCCUGGAAGGUAGGGCUGCCGGGGUGGGGGCGGGGAGCGCCGCGGGACCCCCCCCACGACCCCCGCCCCUCCUCACCCACCUUCCUCUUCCUCCUGGGGCCCGUGACCCCCCCCAAGCGCCGGCGGUGGGGGAAAAACCCUGAGAUUUGGCCUCGCUUUGAACCAUUUUAUGGCUCUUUUUCAGCAGGGUUUGGCCGGCACCGGGGUGAGGGGGUGGGGGGGGUGGGGGUCAGGGUGGUGCCCCCCGUGGGGGGGGGUAAUGGGGGGUCCCCAAACUCAGCCCCUCCCCCCCCUUCAUUUGGGGAGAAAAAGAGGGGUGGGAUGGGGAUGGGCUUUGCCUCCCCCCGCCCGGCCCCCCCCUCACGGUGAGGUUGGGGGUGAUGGUGGGGGGGCCCCGAGGGGACACCCCAAAGGGCCACACACACCCCCCACACCCCCCCCCCGGCUUUAUUUUUGUUGGUUUCCUCCAAUAAAACUGAUCUUAAAACACC